AUGCUCAGGAGUUUCUGUCUCCAGCUCAUGUCCUUGCUUUGGAUCCUCUUAGCCCAUCACCAGCUUGCCCAAGGUGAUGACUGCAGUGAGCACUGCAACCUGGCCCAUGGCAGCUGCGACCAGGAUGGGAAGUGCAGGUGCGACCCAGGCUGGGAGGGCGAGUACUGCGAGGAGUGUGUGCGCAUGCCGGGCUGCCUCCACGGGACCUGCCACCAGCCCUGGCAGUGCAUCUGUCACAGCAGCUGGGCCGGCAAGUUCUGCGACAAGGACGUCCACAUCUGCGAACAUCAGUCCCCAUGCCAGAAUGGGGCUCAGUGCAUCUAUGACCGAGAUGGGGACUACUCCUGUCUGUGUCCAGAGGGCUUCCAUGGGAAGGACUGUGAGAUGAAGGCAGGGCCAUGUGAGAAGGCAGGGUCUCCAUGCAAGAAUGGGGGGCAGUGUCAAGAUGAAAACGGCUUUGCCAGCAACUUCACCUGCCGGUGCCUCGCUGGCUUUGUGGGGGCUCUCUGUGAGCACGACGUGGAUGACUGCCUGAUGCGGCCCUGCGCCAACGGUGCCACCUGCCAUGAUGGCAUCAACCGCUUCUCCUGCCAAUGCCAGGUGGGCUUCGAGGGGCGUUUCUGCACCAUCAACAUCAACGACUGUGCCAGCCAGCCCUGCAAAAAUGGGGCCAAGUGCUAUGACCGCAUCAAUGACUAUGACUGCUUGUGUCCGGACCGUUUCACUGGCAAAACCUGUGAGAUCUCCAUCCCUGAGCCCACCUGGGCUCCCCCCUACCAUCCUUUGAACCACGAGAGCGGCUGGGCGAUUAGGAGCACCACCAGCGAGAUGCCUGAGGUGACACAGCCAGAGUCCAUGAGGAGUGCAGUUACGGGGCGGCGCGUGGCCAACCACAGUGAGAAAGUGCCGGGAGGAGGGUUGUUAAAAAUCUCUGUGAAAGAGGUGGUGACCCAAAGGGACUCAGGGCUGAGCGAAGCCCAGCUGGUGACAGUGCUGGUGUUUGGGGUGCUGACGGCAGUGCUGGUCCUCAUCACUAUCCUGCUCAUCCUGAGGAACUGGCAGAGGGGCCGACAACGGUCGAACUGGUGCCAAAGCCCUUCACAGGCUGCCAGGAAGCUCCAAGAUCAGGAGUGCCAGGUGGGCAUGUUAAACUCGGUCCUGAUCGAGCCCAGGAAAACAACAGAGCUCUGAGCACUCUGAGCCGGGCCCCUGCAGGUCAUCAUGCUGGCAGACCCCUCGAACUGCACCCCAGGCAGCUGUUCUGGUGCAAAUUGGGCAGUAGGGAAAGGCUC